UAUUGCAACGCUACUACGGCAAUACUGAUGCUUCAAUUGGUCAGGUUCACCUGGCACACUUGAAAAACAGGAAAGAAGUUGCCAUGCAAAUCCAGUACCCCGGCGUCACCCAGAACAACACUGAUGUUAACAACCUGAUGACUGUCCUGAGCGUGAGCAAUAUUGUCCCUGAAGGGUUGUUCCCUGAGCAUUUGAUUGAAGUCCUUAGCAGAGAGCUGGCCCUGGAGUGUGACUACCAGAGACAGGCUGCCUGCACAAGGAAGUUCCAGGAGCUGCUGAAAGACCACCCCUUCUUUUAUGUCCCGAGAGUAGUGGAUGAGCUGUGCAGCAAGCAUGUUCUGACCACAGAGCUGGUGCCUGGCUUCCCCUUGGAUCAAGCUGUAGGGCUGAGCCAGGAGAUUCGAAAUGAGAUCUGUCACAAUGUCCUGGUCCUGUGCCUGCAGGAGCUGUUUGAGUUCAGGUACAUGCAGACUGACCCAAACUGGUCAAACUUCUUCUAUGACCCACAGUUGCACAAGGUGGCCCUGCUGGACUUUGGAGCAACACGAGGCUUUGGUGAGAAGUUCACAGACGUCUACAUAGAGGUAAUCAAGGCAGCUGCUGACACAGAGAGAGAGAGAGUACUGAGCAAGUCCACUGAAAUGAAAUUCCUCACUGGCUACGAAGCCAAGGAAAUGAAAGAUGCACACUUAAAUGCUGUCCUCAUCCUGGGACAGGCUUUUGCGUCUGAGGAACCUUUCAAUUUUGGCAACCAAAGCACCAUUGAAAAGAUCCACACUUUAAUCCUAGUCACACUGAAGCAUCAGCUUGUCCCUCCACCACAGGAGACCUACUCUCUUCAUCGGAAGAUGGGGGGUUCUUUCCUUAUCUGCACCAAACUGAAGGCCAAAAUUCCCUGCAAAAACAUGUUCCAAGAGGCGUAGAGCAAAUAUUGGAGCAGUAGGGGCAAGAAGCCAGAGGAGUAGUAA